AAUAUCUUUUCUCUUGGUAAUAUUAUUUUUUUGUUAGCAUAUCAUAAUAUCCUCAAACCCUAUUUUCAUUUGAUUUUUGUUUUAUUUUAUUUUCGUUGAAGUCACCAACCAUCUCUCUCUCUCUCAAGUAACCUUGCGCGCGACGGAGACCCAACUCUCUCUCUCUCUCUCCUCAACCAGAGAGAAAAGAAUAAUAUUUUUAUCAUCGAUUUUCAAUUUUAACCCUUAACAAUACAAUCCUUCAAUACGCCAAAUUCUUAUCUUCAAUCUUCUGCAUCAUCAUCAGAGUAUACCUCAGGAUAAUGCCACUUUCUAGGGUUUUCAUUCUGGGGUAUGAUUUUCAUGUGAAGUUCUGAUUUUGUUGAUCAGAGUGAAGGUUUAGUGGUGAAGUGCUUGAUUUUUGAACGAUUUGUUUGUGAUUGAGAUGGGGUCGUGUGGUGAACCUGCAAUUGUUGGUGAUCCACCUGGUUUGUCUGUAAUGGAGCAGCCUUUGAGCUCGGGGUUUGCGGCAGAGUUAGAUUCUGUGCAGGAGUUGUGUUCAGAGGAAGCUUGUAAUGGUAUGGUUGAUGGUUCUUUGGAAGAGGCUCAUGUGGGUUGUUCUGUUAGCUUUGUUGAUGUUGCCGAGGGGUCGUGUGAUGCUUUGAAAAAAGAAUGUGAAAAUGGUGAUGUGUUAAAAUUGGAGAAAACUGUUGAAGAUGAUUGUGGGAAUAGUUUGGGGAUUUGUUCGGAGGACAUUGGAGUGUCUGAUCUUAGAAGUGGUGAAUUGUGCUCAGAAGGAUAUUUUCAAGAUGAUGGCUAUGUUGACUUUCCGUUGGAGUCAAUAACCUCAAAUAAUUUGCAGAACCAUUGUGCUGAACAGGGUGAGCAGAAGGAUAUCAUUGAAGUUUCUAAUCUUAAAAGUGGUAGAUUGUGCUCGGAAGGAAAUUUUCAAGAUGGACACUACGUUGACCUUCCGUUGGAGUCAAUAACCUCAAAUAAUUUGCAGAAACAUUAUGCUGAACAGGGUGAGCAGAAGGAUGUCAAGAGCACAAUUUUUUCCUCUGCGGGAGAUGAUGCCGAAGUUCUGGAAGGUAACAACGAUGGUGCUGAUUUGCUAGCAGGUGCUGUCAACUGUGUGUUUGAUGCAAGACAUUCUGAAGUGUGUUUGGAAUCAGAUUUCGUGACAGGUUUGCUAGUUGAUUACAACCAGGAAAAUGAGCCAGAGGAGAUCAUGAGAAAUGCAGAUAGCUUGCCAAGGGUUGUAGAAAAGUGUGAUGCUUUAGAUGGGAUGGACGCCAAUUCUAGCAGGCAGAUAUCUCCUUCACUGGAUAUGGAAGUGCCGUCAGGUGCCUUGUAUAUAGAUACAAAAGUAGAGAGCACAAGUGAUAUGCUACAUGACCAGAAAAAUGGCGAGGAUUGUGACAGUACUCAUGAAGAAAAGAUAAGAACCGAUGUUGAAGAAGAAAUCACUAUUAAUUCAUAUGUACAAGCAAAUUCCUCACCAGAUUUCCAAAGGACCUUGAAGACUUCACCUGUAGUUGAUUCACUAUGUCAGCCUACCUUGCUGGAUCCAGGGAGUGAAUUGCAGAAUGGCAUAUUGCAAAUAGAAGAUAAUUUUUGUAUAUUGAAGGAUUGUUCUGCAGAUGGAACUGCCAACUCUACCAUUAGAAAACCUUUUUAUCCAGAAUCAGGUCACUCCUCUCUUGUUUUAAUCACCAACAGCUCUCCAAAGGUUUUGCCGGAUCUCCUUUGCAACGGUGACAGUGUUUCCAUCAACAAUAAUUGUGCUGUAGACAAUCCUGGACAGACAAAUAAUGAUGGGAAAGAAGCUGUUGAAGUUGAUUGUAUCACUGAAAGCAUACUGUUACCUUCUCAAAGGAGCAGUCAGAGAACCAAAUUUGGUCGCAAGACACCAACCAGAAAGUCUUCUAGAAAAUCUAAGAACAAACCCAGUGUGACACAUCCGGGUGGGGGUAUGAUGAUUAACUUAGAGACUGCUAGAAAGAAAAGAAGUUGUUUAUCCAAACCAGCUCGUUCUUCUGUCUGGGGAUUGCUUGGCAAUAUUGAACGGUUUAUUCAGUAUGAAAAUGAGCUUGAGGUUAGUGAAUCCAUGUGCCAGAUUGAGGGUAAGGCUAGAAACGAGCAUCAAGGUGGGAAAAUGAUUAAGAAUGCUGCAAGUUCUGGGUCAUUAAGUUCAGUUCAAAAGUAUAAUGUUUCAACUUCAGCUACUCGUUUUCGUCUGAAGAUCAAGUUUGGAAAAGAAAAUGAUACACAUUGCUCAAAUGUUCCGGAGUCUGUUGGUGGCUUGGCUUCUGCUUCCCACAUGGGGUCUGAUUCAGGUUCUCAGAAAGUAACCAACAAUUCUGCAGAUAAAUUUUCUGAAGUGUCGGCUUUAAACAAUUUAGAAUCAUUUAGAAAGGACCUGGACAAGGAUUGUGCUGUUGUAAAUGGACAAAUUGUAAAUAGGCAGUUAGAAAAUUCUAAAAUAACAGAGAAGUCAGAUGGGGAUGCAGAGGAACCAUGUCACGGAGUUCCACCAGAGAGGGUGGUUGAAGAGUUAGUUAAGCCAAUUACUAAUUCUGUUAUAGAUCCAGGAACAUCGCCUGAUUCAGAAGUCAUUGAUUCCAUUCCUGAAGUCCAGGUUGGAGAGAGACAUGAAGAAGUUGUACAUCUUGCUGUGUUAGGUUCUUCUAAUGAGUUAAAUUCUAAUAUGGAUGUUACCUUUGGGAAGAGAGAGAAGAAGAAAGACAAUCUUAUUUGUUCAGGAAAUUGUGUCACCGAAGAUGGAUCACAAGGUCAACCAGGGAAUAAUAUAGUUAAGCAUUCAAAGAAUCACAGACGUAAGAAGAACUACAAUGAUGUGGUUAGCUCUUUAGAAUUACCUACUUCCACUGAGCUAAGCAAAUCUGUAAAGAGUAAAGAAAUGGCUGCAGAAUCAUUGCCCUGUUCUGGACAGGUUGUACUUGGAGUCUCUACCAAGGCUUUGAAAGUUAAAAGUGAUGUGAAAGUCAAGAAAACUGGUAAAACAUCUGGUGACCAUGGGUUUUCUGAAUUCCAGCGUUCCAAUGAUUUGCCGUCUUCUACAAGACCUUUGGGUCGUAAAUUGCCUAAAAGUCUUGAACCUAGUGAAGCUAGCAAGGCCAAAUCAAAAGCUUCUGACUCGACAGGCAGGAAAAAGUCUACUACUGGACGCAAGGAAAAACAGAAAGAGCCAAUUAACAAAAGUGAAGUCAAGGGAAAAGGUGUCUCUCUCAAAUCUACAUGUGAAGUGGAAGAUCACCCGCAUCCAGAUGUAGUUGGAAAUCAUAAGUUGGAUGCUGUUGGAAAAAUUGAUCCCAGUGACAACAGUGUAUCUGUCAACGUAUCUAAUUUGGACAUGCCGCCUGGUUUUGGUUUGGGAGAACAACCUCAGUCACCGCGUAAUGCAUGGGUGAGUUGUGAUGAUUGUCACAAGUGGCGGCGUAUUCCAGCUUUGCUUGCUGACCGGAUUGAUGAAACUAACUGCACCUGGACUUGCAAGGACAGCAGUGAUAAAGCCUUUGCUGAUUGUGCUAUCCCUCAAGAAAAAUCAAAUGCAGAGAUUAAUGCAGAGUUAGGACUAUCAUAUGCCUCUGGUGAAGAAGAUGUAUGUGAAGACUCCAAAAAUUAUAAGGAAUUAGAAUAUCGACUACCAUCAGGUUCCCAAGAGUCAACUUUUACCCGCAUCUUCACCAAUGAGUUUCUGCACCGCAACCCGAAAACUCAGACUAUUGACGAGGUAAUGGUUUGCCAUUGCAAGCCACCUCCAGAAGGUAAGUUGGGAUGCGGGGAUGAAUGUCUAAAUCGGAUGCUUAACAUCGAAUGUGUGCAAGGAACUUGCCCAUGUGGGGACCGUUGCUCCAAUCAGCAGUUCCAAAAACGUAGCUAUUCCAGACUGAAGUGGUUUAAAUGUGGGAAAAAAGGUUAUGGGCUGAAGGCACUUGAGCGUGUAGCCAAAGGCCAUUUCAUUAUUGAAUAUGUUGGAGAGGUCCUUGAUAUGCCUGCAUAUGAGGCACGUCAAAGAGAGUAUGCUUUGAAGGGUCAUAGACAUUUCUAUUUUAUGACCUUGAACGGCAGUGAGGUGAUUGAUGCAAGUGCAAAAGGAAACUUGGGGCGUUUCAUUAAUCAUAGUUGUGAUCCUAAUUGUCGGACAGAAAAGUGGAUGGUGAAUGGGGAGAUCUGUAUUGGACUGUUUGCAUUGCGGACUAUCAAGCAGGAUGAAGAAUUGACGUUUGAUUACAACUAUGUAAGGGUUUUUGGAGCUGCUGCCAAAAAAUGUUAUUGUGGUUCACCUCAUUGUCGAGGUUAUAUAGGCGGUGGUGAUCCACUUAAUGCUGAGCUUGUAGUUCAUGGUGAUUCUGAUGAUGAAUAUCCAGAACCCAUGAUGCUUACUGAAGAUGGUGAAGUUGAGGACAACACACCUAUGCCCUUUGAUAAUGUUGAUACAGAGUCUUCUAGGCAUGUAUUAAUGGACAGGGAUGUAUUGGACAAGUCUACAACUGCUAUAGAUGAAGAUGGUUCUCCUGGGAAAGAUAGUUCUAUGAACCCUGCCUCUGCUGUUUCCCUGCUGCACAGUUCAGUUGAAGUGGAAGACUCAAAAGGCAAUUUACCAUCUGAUCAAAUAGAAGAAACUUCUCAGCAAAUGGAGGAUACAACAAGCAAGCCCAUGCCUGCUGUCAGCAAAGUGUUGUCGAAUUCUACUGAUAGUAGAGAAUCCAAGUCUGAAAUGGUUGAAGGCGGGAAUGGUGUUUCACAAUCACAUCUGCAUGUGAAGAAGACUUCUAAACUAAAUGCUUCUGUUAAAAAGGCUAAAGUCAGUGCUAAUGCUGCAAAUGGUCCUACAGCUGAGGUCGCAGCCAAUCGAUUGCCAGUGUCAUCUAUCAAACACAAAAAAGUAAUCGAAGGUUCUUCCAAUGGACGGUUUGAAGCAGUUCAGGGGAAACUUAAUGAGUUGCUGGAUGGAAAUGGUGGAAUAAGCAAAAGAAAAGAUGCCACUAAAGGCUACUUGAAACUUUUGCUUCUCACCGUGGCUUCAGGUGAUAGAUACACCGGUGAAGCAAUUCAAAGCAAUCGAGAUCUUUCCAUGAUCCUUGAUGCUCUUCUGAAAACAAAAUCUAGAGCCGUGCUGAAUGACAUAAUUAGUAAAAAUGGUUUACAGAUGUUGCAUAAGAUCAUGAAGCAGUACAGGCAAGACUUCAAAAAAAUUCCAAUACUACGAAAGCUUCUUAAGGUCUUAGAGUACCUGGCAGAAGGCAAGGUUUUGACACCCGAACAUAUCAACAGUGGUCCUCCUUGUCGUGGAAUGGAGAGUUUUAGGCGUUCAAUGCUGUCUCUGACAGAGCAUGAUGACAAACAGGUCCAUCAAAUUGCUCGAAGCUUCCGAGACAGAUGGAUUCGAAGAAAUGGCAGAAAACGUGGCUAUAUGGACAGGGAUGAUAAUAGGGUGGAAUCUCACAGAAAUUUCAACUCUAACAGAUUUCCAGUAUCACACAAUCAUAGGCACGAGCAGGGAUUAAGACCUAAGGAAGAAAUUGAUUGCGGUCAGCAGUCUACGCUCAUGACAACUUCAACUUCAGUAGAUGGUGGCUCCCAGGAGGGCUGCUCUACACCGUCUUUGGAUGGAGUUGAGAUCAAUGGGGUAAAAAAGCGUAAGCGCAAAAGCCGAUGGGAUCAACCAGCAGAGACAAAUUCAUAUUAUGCUGCUGUUAUUGGCUCUACCAAUGAAAGCCAGAACAUGAAUGAAGAAAUUCCACCAGGGUUUUCAUGUCCAAUACGUUCUUUAAACAGUGCACUAAACUCCGGCGGUCCUGCUUUGCAAAAUGCAAGCCAUUCCGGAUGGCCCUCUAGUUUAGUUACUGGUCAGCCAAAAGAGAAAUUCAAUUCUCGUUUGCCCGUCUCAUAUGGAAUGCCAUGGUCUGUUGCUCAGCAAUAUGGAACUCCUCAUGCUGAAAUCACAGGGUGUUGGGUCACUGCUCCUGGCAUGCCUUUCAACCCAUUUCCUCCAUUACCCCCAUAUCCACGGGAUAUCCAAGACUGUCAACCUUCUAAUACUAAUGGUAUGGAAAUUGAUCAACCUGCUGAAGUUAAGCAACAGGGUGCCAAUGGUUUGGUUAAUUGUUGCUCAGAAUCAGAUGACAUGACUACUAGCACAGCUGGUGCCAAGUCCGAAGACACGAACCUUGAAUGCGAGGAUGAUAAACACGACACUAAGAGGUUGAAGGGUGACUCCAAUGAUUUGGGGAAGAAUUACUUUAGACAGCAGAAAUGGAACAAUUCAAAAAUACAUCGAACGUGGUUCAAGAGGAAUGCAUGGAAAUGUAACGACAACAACUCUAGUGGUGAUAUGUGCAGUGUAGAUGUAGAUGUAUCAAAAGAAUCCAAAGUUACUAGUUAUUCGGAGGAUGCAAUCUGUAGAGAUGAGAAAGGUGGAAAAUAAUAUUUAUUAGUAUUCACAACAGCAAAAUCAUUACUGUUCACAGGAUAAAAAGAAAUUGUUUUUGUUUUCUUUUUUCAUCCAUAUACUCAAUUCAUUUAUUCCUGGAUCUAUUAUUCAAUGAAAAUUCAUUUGUUCCUGGGUCCA